AUGUCUGCUCAAGCUUAUUUUAUUACAGGUACCAAUCGUGGUAUUGGUCUUGAAUUAGUGAAAGCCUUCUCCAAUUUAAAUAAAUCCAACAUUAUUAUUGCUACUGUUAGAGAUCUUUCUAGAGCCGAGGAAUUAAAAGAAUUAUCUGUUGCUAAUCCAAAUAUCAAGAUUAUUCAAUUAGAUGUUGGUGAUGAAGAAUCAAUUGGAAAGAUCGAUGAACAAUUAGAAGCCUUAGGAAUCAAAGGCAUUGAUGUUUAUAUCAAUAAUGGAGCUCUUGGUGAUUCAUUUGAUUCACUUUUCAAGACUGAAAGUAAGACCUUUUAUGAUCACUUUAGAGUUAAUACUAUUGGACCAAUUUUAACUGUUCAAAAGUUAUACAAAUAUUUACUUGCAAAGCAAACCAGAAAGAUUGUUUUCAUCAGUACUAUGGGUGCUUCUUUAUCAAAUUUCCAAGCCAUUAAUACUACUGCAUAUGGUGAAUCUAAGGCCGCUUUAAACCAUGCUGUCUUACAAUUUGGUAGUGAAUUAAAACAUGAGAAUUUUAUUGUGGUACCAAUUCAUCCUGGUGUUGUUGAAACUGAUAUGGCAGAACAUUCUCUUAAGCUGUUUAAAGAAAGAGGACCAGCUGUCAUGGAUAUGUUAUUAGGUCAAAUGAUCACUUCAGAAGUAAGUGCUACAUCCAUUGCUAAGUUAGUUGAAAGCUUGAAGCCAGAAGAUUCUGGUAAGUUUUACAAUUAUAAGGGUGAUGAUGAAGCUUAUUAA